UUUUUUUUUUUUUUAAGACAGGGUAUACUCUGUCUCCCAAGCUGGAGUGCAGUGGUGCGAUCAUGACUCACUGCAGCCUCGACCUCCUGGGCUCAAGAGAUCCUCCUGUCUCAGUCUUGACAGUAGCUGAGGCUACAGGUCCGCGCCACCAAGCCGGCCCCAUUAUCUUCGUAUUCUUAGAAUUUGUAAUAGACCCCGGACGCGGUGGCUCACUCCUGUAAUGCCAGCACUUUGGGAGGCAGAGGCGGGCAGAUCACCUGAGGUCAGGAGUUCGAGACCAGCCUGACCAACACAGGGAAACCCCGUCUCUAUUAAACAUACAAAAAUUACCUGGGCAUUGGGGCGCGCGCCUGUAGCCCCAGGACUCCGUCUCUAAAAAAGGAAAAAGAAUUUAUCAUACAAAUAACAACAGGUAGCCAAUUGAUAGUUUUUUUUUUUUUUUUUUGAGACGAUGUGUCGCCCAGCUGGAGUGCAGUGGCGCGAUCUCGGCUCACUGCAACCUCCGCCUCCCGGGUUCAAUCGAUUCUCCCGCCUCAGUCUGCCGCGGAUUGCCAGGGUCCGCGCUGAGAGGACGUCAGGGGAGUCAGUCCCCCAGAAUAACGGCUGAGCAUGAGGGCUGCCUAACCUUGAAAUCCAGCGCCCUCCUGAUCCACACGUCCUAAGACGAAUAAAUCCUCACAGUCUUUGUGAAAACCCACCAGCAGAAGCACGUCCAAAAGUCUUCACCUCCCCAAACAAGUGUCAGAAGCGGGAAAACCAACGCCGCGAAUGGGCGGGAAAGCCACAGCGCCUGCAACCGCUUCACCUUAUUAGCUAAUUUUGCUGUCCUUCUCAGUGGCCCGCCUCCCUUGCUCGCGGGCGAUAUUUUCAUUGGCUUUCGUCUGCUAGGCGUCCAAUCUCAUUGGUUUGCUUUUCUGUUCGUCAGGUUUGGGUGCCUGGUGAAAGGCGGAGAGGGCGUCACUAUUGGGCUGGAAGCCCCGCCUCCGCGUGCCGUGUGCAAAAACAAACAGCCGUUAGGUAGGCGGUGCCGGGGGGGCGGGGUCUGGCUAGAAGGAGGCGCGCGAUUGAACAGCCGCUGGGGUUCGAACCAGUAAGACAAGCGGGCAUUGGCCACAGCAGCGCGAGGCGGGCACGGGGUAUUGUCCGGCUCCGGCGGCGGCGGUCGGUGCUGCGAGAGCGGCGGCGGCGGCGCGGGUCGUCAGCGGGAGGGCGCGCGGCCGAGCGGAGGCAGAGUCGGCGCCGAGAACAUGGCUGGAGGCAAAGCUGGAAAGGACAGUGGGAAGGCCAAGGCUAAGGCAGUAUCUCGCUCACAGAGAGCUGGGCUACAGUUUCCUGUGGGCCGCAUUCACAGACACUUGAAGACUCGCACCACAAGCCAUGGAAGGGUGGGUGCCACUGCUGCCGUGUACAGUGCUGCGAUUCUGGAGUACCUCACUGCAGAGGUGCUGGAGCUGGCAGGUAAUGCUUCUAAGGAUCUCAAAGUAAAGCGUAUCACUCCGCGUCACUUGCAGCUUGCAAUCCGUGGUGAUGAAGAGUUGGAUUCUCUUAUCAAGGCUACCAUAGCUGGGGGUGAGAAGAGAAGGUGUUCUUAGAUCAGAAGAUGUCAUUGUAUUAGGUGACUGCAAGGUUUUGGUGAUCUAGUGAAACAAGAUUCUACUGGGAUGUGUGCUGAGCUGAACCAAGGAACCGCCCGAAUGUGCUGAACAAGGACAUUUGCUUCUCAGAUACGUGAAUUCAAUUUUAAGCAAGACUCUUGAUCUGCUUCAGAGCAGCUUUGAUUUAAAGUAAUUUCAGAGCACUUUUCCUUGCAUAUGAGUAAUUUUCUGAAUGUAUAAAAUGUUCUGUUUAUGUUUGACCUUUCGGAUAAACUGUGUUGCUGCAGUGUUGGUCCACACUACCAUCCUGAGUGAAGACUUAGUAAGUCUGGGGAUCUCCAGGCACUGGAAAGGGUGAGAACCUGGGAGUGAAAGGGUUAUAGUUAGUGUCCGUUUUUCAGGUUUUGUUUCACAGGGAGUCCUGAGUGGAGUAACCUGAAAUGUGUAACAGUUGAACACCAUCCCAUUCCUAUCCCCAGUAAAAAUAGGCUUUUCCACAAUUUUCUACCAGUUAACUUAGCUUUUUUUUUCUCUUCAAUAGAGGCUCACUCUUGUCACCCAGACUGGAGUGCAAUGGCGCGAUCUUGGCUCACUGCAAGUUCAGCCUCCUGUGUUCCAGCGAUUCUCCUGCCUCAGCCUCCCAAGUAGCUGGGAUUACAGGCGCAUGCCACCAUGCCCAGCUAAUUUUUGUAUUUUUGGUAGAGACGGGGUUUCACCAUUUUGGCCAGGCUAGUCUCAAACUCCUGACCUCAGGUGAUUCGCCCGUCUAAGCGUUCCAAAGUGUUGGGAUUACUGGCGUGAGCCACCAGGCCCAGCCAACUAGCAUUUCUUAAGGUGAAAAUACAUGGUGUUAAUUUAUAUUUUGAGUGAGGCCCAGUCCAGCUGCUAUAACUGCUUGGACACUUGGCAGAGGACAGAGUACUGCAAAACUUUUGAAGGGAGAGGGCAUUUUGCCUUGAGUGCUGUAGAUGUACAAGAGAGGUUCCAGGAGGGGGUGAUAAGCAGAAUUUUGGUCCCCAUCACCUUCCAUGCCCAGUGUUAUGUCUGUGAAUGUGUUACAUUAUGUGGUAAAAGGGACUUUGCAGAUGUAACUAAAAUUUCUAAAAUAGAGAUAUUAUCCUGGAUUAGCUGGGGGAACCCAGUAUAAUUACACGAAUCCCUAAAAAUGGAAGAGGAUGCAGGAGUCAGAUUCAAAGGAAGGCCCAAGGUGCUAUUGCUGACUUGAAGAUAGAGGGGCCAUGUGGAAAUCGAGAGAAGGAAGUGAAUCCUGCCAGUGAGCUUGGAAGAGCACCUUGAGACACAGAUGAGAAUCUUGGCCUUACCUGAUGCCUUGAUUUUAGCCUGGUGAGACCCAGAGCAUAUAAAUUUGUUGUGCUGUGCCACACUUCUCACCUACAGAAACUUGGUUUAAAGCCACUAAGCUUGUGGUAAUUUGUAAAAGCAGCAGUAGAAAACAGGAAUACAUACAGGAUUUGUGGGCUUUAGGCCCCUGAGGGUAGAGAUUUAUGACUUGUUACAAGUAGAGAGCAGUGGAGAGUUGGGCUUUGUAAUUCUUUCAAGGGUGAUUAUAGUUCUGGAGUCCUAUCCACCUGGGUUCAGAUCUUUGUUUGUCAGUCCCUGGCUGUGUGACUUCACUGCUUUAAGCCUCUGUCUUCAUCCUUAAAGUAGAAAUUAUAGUACCUACCUCACUCUUAUCUCUGAAUGAGAACACACGUAAGACACAGCACAGUUCCUGGUGCUCAAAGACCUCCAACACCUGAAAGCACCAUGACCCCAUUUUUCAGUCAAGAUUUCUAAGAGCCGUUAUUACCAGAGGUUCAGUGAGAACAUGGGCAGGGUAAUCUCAAAAUGGAGAACAUAAAAACUGGGACUCCCAGGCCAGUCGCUUAGAAGACUGCUGCAGGAAGUACCAAGGUCAUUAAGAAUCAGUAAUAGGCCGGGCGCGGUGGCUCAAGCCUAUAAUCCCAGCACUUUGGGAGGCCGAGACGGGCGGAUCACGAGGUCAGGAGAUCGAGACCAUCCUGGCUAACAUGGUGAAACCCCGUCUCUACUAAAAAAUACAAAAAGCUAGCCGGGCGACGUGGCGGGCGCCUGUAGUCCCAGCUACUCGGGAGGCUGAGGCAGGAGAAUGGCGUAAACCCGGGAGGCGGAGCUUGCAGUGAGCUGAGAUCCGGCCACUGCACUCCAGCCCGGGGACAGAGCGAGACUCCGUCUCAAAAAAAAAAAAAAAAAAGAAUCAGUAAUAAUCAGUAAUAAUAAGUAAUGUGUGAAUCCAUUAGAAUGUUGAGAAGUAGACCUGUGACAUUUCAGAAAAAUGUAUAUAUCAGACACAGCCAUAUAUAUCGGUAUCGCCAAGUUGGAAGAGCAUCACAGGGCAUAGUUUCAUGAAAGCUUCAAAAAAUAUACUAAUUGCUGGUAAUAUGUGAACAGAAAAGAAUAGCCAUGUUAAAAUAGGAGUGCCUGAGAAUUAGCUCUGUUCAUCUUGUCUCCUAGCUGUAAGCACCCUAGAUUCAAAUUAUGCACCUAGAAAACUAAAUUAUUGUGUAUGUUAUAGACCUUUGAAAUGGAUACAUGAAAGUUAGUGAAAUCGGAAUGAAUGUUUCGCCUGCCAAAGAUACGUAUUUUUGUAAGUGAUACAAGGGCCCCAUGAGCUCCGUGGCCACAUCUGUACAAAACAGGCCCUCCUUUCGGGAACUGGUCUCGGGAGAGCAAAGGGGUCAGCUCCCUAAAUGGCAGCUGAGACAGCCCUCCCUGGUGGCAUGGCCCUGUUUCCUGUUGAUGUGGUGAUGGUUGGAGAGUCAAAUUUUUUUUUCCAGAAUUUGUGAAUAUCAUCUCUGAUUAAUGAUUACACAAAAGCUUUUAAAAUUCUUUUAAAUUAUUUCUUUCUAAUUCUAUAAAUAAACUGUAGUUGUACAGCCACUGUACAGCUAACAUUUCAACACUGGAAAUGAGGCUGGUUUAUUCCAGUUUGGCUCAGAUUCUUCAGGGAAGCCCAGUUAAGACAAAUAGCUCUCUAUACUCAAUCCUUACUUCGCUGAGAAGAUACAGGCCUGCCCACUCAUUCCCACCUACUCUUCAUGAGAGGUCCUUUAUUUCUGCGUGUUUCCUGUUCUUUGGGACCUUUAGGAGCUACCCUCUACAGAUAUUGAUAGUCUGUAGAGUCAGGAAUACCAUGUGACAUGUUAAAGUAGACUCUAAAGAUUAGUUAUUUGGCAAUAGCCCAGUUUGGACUUAGUAUGUACUUUUGAAAAUAAAACUGCUUAUUUUUAAACUCUGUAAUUAGGACGUUUUGCUAUUUGAGUUAUAUUCCUUUCUAACUUCAAAUGUCUGCAUUCAUGUAUAAUAGCCAUUUUAUGCACAGGUGAGGUGGUUCCCACACUUUCACAGAUGUUUCAUUACCUAGAUGAGUGUAUUACAUAAUAAAUUUGAAUAAUGGUAGUCUUCCAAAUGACAAAAAGCAAGCUAGUUGAUUUGUCAAUUUUGAGUUUAAAUGUUUUGACUGCUUAUCAGCGAAAAAUUCAAAGAGUAGCAUACUGCUAUUAAUGGAAAUGCAGAGUAUAUUUAAUUAGCAUGAUUUUUCCAUGGAUAUGUGUGCUUCAUUUGAUCUUCUAUUGUAUGUAGCUCGUGAUCACAUUUUCUGUUGGUUAACGUCGUUCCUAGCUUAUAUGAUGGAAUUAAAUAUAUUCUGUGUAAAAAGA